AUGGAAGGCAGAAGCUCGGCAGAAAAGGCUGAGAGCCGGGAAGCGUUGAGGCCGAGGGUCGCAAUUGCGAACUCCUCUCAGAAUCCCAGUAAUCACAAUUGUGAUAAAUUGGUCGCAAAAGCAAACCCCGAUGCCCUCGCAAAUGUGGACCUUUUCUUCGCAAAUGCGAAGAUCAUCAAUAAUAUGUUGAGUCGCAAAUACGGCUCUGCCUUCGCAAAGGCGGAAAUGGAUGUGCAUUUUCAAUUUAUGAAUACUGUGAGGGUUUUGGAAAAACCAUUGAACUUUACGUAUAAACAUUGGAGGGGAGAUAAUAGAACUACAUUGGAUGGGACGCUGAUGAUUGACUCAACUAAUAAUUUAUCGGCUAAUUAUGGAUUUGAUUCUGGUAACUGCAAGUUAAAGUAUAGUUACGUGCAUAGGGGAUUGACUACUUUCGAGCCAAGCUAUGAUUUUGCCAAAAAUUCGUGGGACGUCUCUGUGUCACAGCGGGUUUAUGAAGACGAUGUGGUCAAGGCUUCGUAUCAAAGUUCAAGCAAGAUAUUGGGGCUGGAAUGGUCUAGGAAUUCCAGUUUAAGUGGAGGGUUUAAGAUCUCUGCGUCUGUGAAUCUGGCAGAAAACUCAAAGUUUCCAACAUUGAGUGCUGAGAGUAGGUUGAAUUUUGAUGUGUAG